AAGCAGCUAAAAGCAAAAGCAGAUGGUUAUACGUGUAUGCAGACGAACGGGGAGGUGUGACUGGCGAAAUCCUCUACUUAAUGCGUGUUGUUUAUGUGUCGAUUGGAAUUAAUUCCCGACAAAUCGUGCAUUAAUCGGCAGCAGGAAGAGUCGAGGGGCUUACAAAGGUGCAAACGCGGAUCGUCACAGCACACCGCCACUCGCAGACUGCGUGCUACGAUGCCCCAAUUGUGCUGAGGGAAUUGUUGUUUUAAAGUUGGCCACGGAAAUGACGUCUCGCAAGAAAACCAACAGUGCGACCGAGAGGCUUCGGCAAGACUACAUCCGACUCAAAAAGGAUCCUGUCCCGUACGUGGUCGCCGAGCCUCUGCCCUCAAAUAUUUUAGAAUGGCACUACGUGGUUACCGGACCUGAAAGCACUCCUUAUUCUGGCGGCAAGUACCACGGGAAGCUGGUUUUCCCUCCGGACUUUCCCUAUAAGCCGCCGAGCAUCUACAUGAUCACCCCCAAUGGAAGGUUCAAAACGAACGUGCGGUUGUGCUUGUCCAUCAGCGACUACCACCCGGACACUUGGAACCCCGCGUGGAGCGUGUCCACCAUAUUAACAGGCCUGCUUAGCUUUAUGGCUGAAAAGAGUCCGACGCUGGGCAGCAUCGAGAUGCCGGACUCGGAACGCCGCCGACUCGCGGUCGACAGUCUCGAAUUUAACCUAAGGAAUAAGGUCUUCUGCUCGCUUUUUCCGGACACAGUCGAGGAAAUGAAAGAGGAGUUGAGGCAGAGGGCGGAGAGCAAGUCGUCGAGCAACGGCAGUGCGGAAGAACUGGGCCAGGACAAGACGAGCAACAGUGUGAGCUCGAACAACUCGACUUCUGGCAGCCGAGCGGAGCUGCGGGCCAAUGGACAGAGUCCGCUGCAGGCAUUUAUCACCAACUUAGUGAUUUUCGUGAGUGUGGUGCUGUUCGGACUGGUGGUUCAGUACGUUGUCACCCGCAGCAGUGGCUAACAACUCUAAAAUGGGACGCUUGCUUGUGAUCGGGACAAAGGAGCGUUGCUUUCCCCUGCUUUCUUUCGCGACCGACCGACGCGUCUAUUUAUUAUGUCCUCUCGAACUGACUGCAGUUUUUAUUCGCCUUUGCUGUUUUUCUGGUAGUUUCCGAAUGAUUGCCUUACUGCUCCUCUCCUACGAGGGGCCAAAAUGUGAUGCUACUGUAAUAAAGAGGAAAAUUCGAUAUAUAUGA